AUGCAUGAUAUUGUCUGGUCCAAUCAUACCACACACGUUUGCAUUACUGUUGAUGAGAGCGAACACAACCGAAACUGGACACAUGACUUCACGAUAGUAACUGUGGAUGGUACAGGUACAACAACAAUUUCAGGUGAAGUAGACAUACUGAAAUUUGAAAUAAACUCUAUAAAUCCGCGAUCAAACAUGAGCUUGGGAGUGAACAUCAGAUCUCUGAGGACUGCUAUUCGAAAUCCUGAAGGGAGUUCUAUUUGUCAAGUCGUUACACUUUGUAUACGGGGAAUGAGUUAUAGAUUGGCCAAUAACUACUUGGGUUGUGAGCCAGAUUUACAAAACAGUUGGAACGGAACCUAUCACUUGUACUUUUUCUCCGUUAAUAUCAGUCGGACGAUGAGCAAUGAGUGUAAACAACGAGAAGUAGCAGAGUUGAAUGCAGCGUUUCACAAAUAUCUGGCAAUUUCAAACGUGGAACGGUUCAACUUUAUGAAGGUUACAGGAGUUUCCAUUGAAAGGAAAAUCAGCCUUUGGUUUACUACUUACGAAUAUCGCUCAAGUCCAUCAUCAGACGGAUGCUUACCUGAAUAUUUCCUUGAGUGGUUCAAGACUCAGAAAGAGGAGAUUCCGGCGAAAUUGCUAAUAACACGGAAAUAA